AUGAAGCAUGAAAACGCGGUAGAUCUAAGAAAAUUGCGCGACACAGUGGCUGCAUCAAUCGCCGCGCUGAAUAAUCUGCAAAGACCGGUUGGUCAUUGGGAUGAUCUCUUGGUAUAUAUUAUAUCUCAAAAAUUCAGUGCUAAAACACGCAGCGAGUGGAACUUGAGACGUUCCACUAUGGAUUCGAUUCCGUCUUAUAGAAACAUUCACAAUUUUCUCACAAUGUGCAUCCGUGGAUUAUCAGACUUUGCUGACAUUUCAACGGAAAGUACUAAUGCAAAGCGCGACAAGCCGCGGUCGUCAAUUAAUAAUGUCGCUGCAGUAAAAUGUAUUUGUUGUUUGGGCAAUCACUUUGUUACUAAUUGUAAGUGCGAAGAAUUUCGCCGAAAAUCGACUGCGCAGCGAAGUGAAAUUGCACGUAAGAGUAAAGUCUGCUUUAAUUGCAUGAAACCGGGACAUAUUUCGCCGAAAUGUACGCACAAGCAGCGAUGCACCCACUGUCGCCAAUCGCAUCAUACAUUGUUGCAUUACGCGAGCGGUCAAGCGUCAGACAUAAAUGAAAGUUCGGCGUCGACCAGGACAAGCGUACCGCCGAUUUCGAAAACGGACUCCUUGCCCGUUUCCGACAAUGCUACUGUCGCAAGCGUUCAAACAAUUAAAUCGCCGAGCAUCGCAUCUCCGACCGUUCUUCUCGCGACUGCGUGGGUUGACGUGCAUACCGCGGAGGGUAGAUCAUUUAAGGUUCGCGCGUUGUUGGAUCAAGGAUCCAAUUUUAGUUUUAUUUCGGAAGCAUUGUGCCAAACGAUACGAACCGGAAGGCAGCGAGCCGAUUUGCAAAUUAAAGGAUUUGGUGAGAAACAUACCGGUGCUGCGAGAUCACGAGUGUCCUUGCGAUUGACACCGUCCAAGAAAUCGAAUCCCGCGUUUCCGAUUACCGCGUACGUGUUUCAACGAAUCACGUCGUACGCCGCGUCGCGAACUAAGCCUGUUGACUCGUGGCCUCAUUUGCAAGGCAUCUCCCUAGCGGAUCCGGAUCCGUCAAGCAAGCAUCAGAUUCAUAUGCUGAUUGGGGCGGACGUUUACGGAUCGCUUUUGAUGCGCGAUUUGCGGCAGGGACCUCUCGGAACUCCCACCGCUCAAUUAACCGCGCUCGGGUGGAUAAUUUCCGGCCCCACUGGAAAAAACAGCCAAGCUUCAAAGGAAGCAGCCGUGGUAAAUAGCGUCCUCGCCGAGGACAUUAACUCGCUUCUCCAAAAGUUUUGGGAAAACGAGGAAAUUUCGUCGAAUUCUCCUCUCACGGAAGAAGAAGAGAGGUGUGAACGGCAUUUCGUCAAGACACAUAGUCGUUCUUCCGACGGAAGGUAUAUAGUUCGACUGCCGUUUAAGCGCGAUCCACCGAUCGACAUCGGGGAAUCCAUCGCGUGUUCCUUGUAUAACCGCAUGGAAGAAAAAUUACGUAAUCGGUCCGAAAUUCACUCGCAGUAUAAUGAAUUUCUUGCGGAGUACGAAUCUCUCGGACACAUGACUCGAGUGAACAAGUCGGAAAAAACAAAAUUUUUGCCGGUUUACAUCCCACACUAUCCAAUGCUGCGGGAAACCAGUUGUACUACGAAGUUGCGCGUAGUUUUCAACGCUUCGUGCAAAACGCGGAACGACACGACGUUGAAUGACCAUCUAUUAAUCGGGCCUAAAUUACAGCAGGACCUUCCUGCUGUUCUUUCACGUUGGCGUAAAUGGCGCCACGUCUAUACGGCGGACAUCGCCAAGAUGUUCCGACAAAUUCGCGUACAUUCCGAAGAUGUAGACUUUCAGAGAAUUCUUUGGCGUCCAACGGAUGACGCACCGGUCGAACACUUUCGACUUUUAACGGUUACAUACGGUCUUGCUCCGGCUCCGUAUCUCGCGAUGCGCGUUCUCAAACAACUCGCUCUUGAUGAGGGUUUCAAUUACCCCGCCGCGGUUCCGAUUCUAAAUGAAUCGAUCUAUGUAGACAACACUUUGUUUGGCGCCGACGAUAUGAAUUUACUAAACGAUACGCGAAUUCAAUUAAUUGAACUAAUGAGGAGAAGAGGUUUUCAACUCCGAAAAUGA